UAUGCAAAUUUAGCAGAUUUGUUUCAAUAACAAUUCAGACAUAUUUUAAUCGCGAACAAAAAAUGGAUGAAGCGCGAGGAACUGCAGUGAUAGUUAUCAAUGGAUUUCUUUCCUUCAUUGGAACUCUUGGGAACGUUCUGAUAAUAUUUGCCGUUUUGAAAACACCUCAUCUUCGUCAAAGGCCAUCUAACCAUCUUCUCUUGAGUUUGGCUGUAGCAGAUUUAGUAGUGACCAUGAUAGUCCAACCAUUAUACGUGACAUCAACAGCUCUGAAAACGUUUAAAGGUAGAUGCAAUUUAACCCUUGACAUGGCCUUGGGAGUUGUAGGCCCAUUCUCAAGCAGUAGUUCGGCGUUUCAUUUGGCAGCAAUCAGCAUUGACAGAACCAUAUCAGCCUUCAAACCUCAUCAACAUCGUGAAAUUAUCAAGAAGUGGUCCAAGAUGAUGUUGGGUAUUUGCUGGGGGAUUGCUUUUUUAUUCGAGGGUUUGCUAAUUCCAUUCCCGAAAGCUAACUUUGUCGGACCAACUUUCAUUUUGAUAAGUGAGAUCAUUAUGAUUUGUUCCUACUGCAUGAUUCUCUACAAGGUCAAACACUCUUCUCAAAGCACAGUGUCUACACCUUCUAUGCCAACGUACACAGCCCGUGAAAGAGCCAUUGAGAAUCGCAUGUCUGCCACGAUCGCAAUCGUCAUCUUGCUGUUUGCUGCCUGCUGGUUCCCUCUUGUUGGGUUCGCCUUUGCAAACCCURAUGUAACUUUCAUUUGCUCUUUUAACAUGGAAUUAACUUGGGUCAGAACUCUGUUGCUCGCCAAUUCUUCAAUGAAUUUCAUUGUUUACAGUUUAAGAAUCCGUCAGUUUCGCUCAGCUUACWUGAGAAUCAUUAAUAGAAUGCUUCAGCCAUUUGCCGAGGGUUUAAGAAAGUGCCUUUAA